CCUUUUUUUCUUCAUUUUAAUUUGGUGGAUUUUGCUGAAUCACAAAGAGAAAGAAAAUUAUUGUAUGCCAGGAUCAGAUGACAGCAGUUUUGCAGGUGGGUCCCACUGAGAGCUUGACCAUGUGGCCGCCUGCCAUGACUGGAUCCGGAGAUCCCCAAAACUACUGGUCUUCUGACCCAAACACUAGCACCUUCUAACUCCCUGAUGACUUCAGUGACCCUGCCGAAGAGUAGGCCCGUCAUUUGCUGGAGGAGACCGGACACAAGGCACCGCUGACCUGGGACGCCCCAGAGUCACGUUUAAUGCAAGGAUCCCAGCAGCACUGGGAGCAAAGGAAUGAAGAGGAACAUGUUCCUUUGGUGGAUCAUAGCACUUUUUAACCACUACUUCAUACGUCACAUCCAAGGAGAACUUCCUUUUAUAUCAGGGAACGAUGCUGCAAUGCUGGUCAACUGGAAUGCCGUUGACGGAAAUAAGAAGUUGUUCGCCAUCUAUGACACAAGCAGUGUCAACGAGCCUGGUAACAUGUCAUUCGUGAAGGAGACAGUGGAUAAACUCCUCAAAGGGUACGACAUCCGACUGAGGCCAGACUUUGGAGGGGCCCCGGUAGCAGUGGGGAUGAGCAUAGAUGUGGCCAGCAUAGACAUGGUGUCUGAAGUCAACAUGGACUACACUUUGACUAUGUAUUUCCAACAAUACUGGCGAGACAAACGACUUGCCUAUGUUGGAAUCCCGCUCAACCUGACCUUGGAUAAUAGAGUAGCAGACCAGCUCUGGGUACCAGACACUUAUUUCCUCAACGACAAGAAGUCAUUUGUUCACGGUGUCACCGUCAAAAAUCGAAUGAUCCGUCUUCAUCCGGAUGGAACCGUUCUUUAUGGCCUCAGGAUAACUACGACAGCAGCAUGCAUGAUGGAUCUCAGGAGGUACCCCCUGGAUGAGCAGAACUGCACUCUGGAGAUAGAGAGCUAUGGCUACACCACAGACGACAUCGAGUUCUACUGGAAAGGGGGCGAGUCAGCCGUCACAGGGGUGACGCGCAUUGAGCUGCCGCAGUUUUCCAUUGUUGAUUACAAGUUGGUUUCCAGAAAUGUUGUGUUUUCCACAGGUGCUUACCCUCGACUUUCUCUGAGCUUUAAACUUAAGAGAAACAUCGGCUAUUUCAUUCUGCAGACGUACAUGCCAUCCAUCCUGAUUACCAUCCUCUCCUGGGUAUCCUUCUGGAUAAACUACGACGCCUCGGCGGCCAGGGUGGCUCUAGGCAUCACCACGGUGCUGACCAUGACCACUAUCAACACACACUUGAGAGAGACGCUGCCCAAAAUCCCCUACGUGAAGGCCAUCGACAUGUACCUGAUGGGCUGCUUUGUCAUGGUUUUCCUUGCCCUUCUGGAGUAUGCCUUCGUCAACUACAUCUUCUUUGGAAGGGGGCCUCAGAUGCAAAAAAAGCUGGCGGAGAAGGCUGAGAAAGCCAACAAUGAGAGAGCAGCCAAGUAUGACGCUGCAAGGGAGGCAGGUAGUAGGGCUGCAUCCCUUAAACGGUCCAAUCAGAUUAGAGGCCUUCGCCACUCACGCUCGGCGGAACCAGGACAUGGGAACAUUCUGCUGACCACCUUGGAAAUCCACAAUGAAGUGGCAGGAGGCGAGAUCACCACCAGCGUAGCAGACAUCAGGAACUCUCAGUCCAUGGUGCAGCUGGACAGCACAGCCUCAUCGCACAUUCAAUAUCGCAAGCAGAGCGGUGGAAUCGGUCCACGUUCAGCCAGUCGUCAUUCCCUAGAUCGGUCUGUUCAGAAGAAACGCAGCCGACUGAGAAGGCGGUCCUCGCAGCUAAAAAUCAAAAUCCCUGACCUGACCGACGUGAACGCCAUCGACCGUUGGUCACGGAUCAUCUUCCCCUCGGUUUUCACCUUUUUUAAUCUUGUCUACUGGCUCUACUAUGUCUGACUGGACAGUUUUGUUGUUUUGUCAUUUUCUUUCUUUCCAUUUGGUUUGGUUUACUUCCUUUUUUGUCUGCGCUUUUAUACAUGCAUUGAAUCUAUUAACAUCAGACUACAAACUGAAAGACUAAGAAAGCUCCAGACUAAGUUCUUGUCAAUUAUCUUUUUAUAUUUGCCGUCUUUGAAUCUGUUUUCUUUUCUGUAGUAUGUACUGUAAUUGGGACUUGUAGUCAUUUCCCAUAAAACAAAAUGCCAGCAAUUGAUUACAUCCAGUAGUUGCAAAAAAACGAUUCAAAUAAAUCCCAAAAGUGGUAUUCUAAGAGAAAAAGAGAACUUGAUACCACAUAGGUGAUCAGAAAAAUGCAGGCAAUUCCUAAAAAUCCAGUAAACAAUAUGUUUGAUUGGUACCCUAUGCACUGUAAACGCAUGCAAUGAUCUUCCAAUGCGGGGUUAACUUUUACCGACAGUUUCUACUUCAG